UCUCAUGACAAAAAAAACAGAUCUGGUAGAAAUAUUACCGGUCAUUUUGUUUUGCACUGUUUGCGCUCAUUUUGCAGUAGUGGAAAGCGCCUCUAACAACACAGGUGUUGGUAUUAGCAGUGCAGGAAGUAUUAAUUUCCUAAUCGGAAAAAAUGGUGUUUUGUUGUGUGAUUUUGUUUUUUAUUGCUUUUCCUGUCAGUGUCUUUAAUGAGAUGUCCUUCUCUCUUCCACUCAGGGCUGAAAUACCUGCAUUCUGCAGGCAUUCUGCACAGAGACAUCAAACCAGGGAACCUGCUGGUCAACAGCAACUGUCUGCUUAAGAUUUGUGACUUUGGCCUAGCACGAGUAGAGGAGCCAGAUCCUUCUCGUCACAUGACACAGGAGGUGGUGACACAGUAUUACCGUGCUCCGGAGGUUCUGAUGGGAUGCCAGCAUUACACUUCAUCGAUAGAUGUCUGGUCUGUAGGCUGCAUCUUCGCAGAGUUGCUAGGCAGACGUAUUCUUUUCCAGGCUCAGAGCCCCAUACAACAGUUGGAUCUGAUCACUGAUCUCCUCGGGACUCCUCCUCUUUCUGCCAUGGCGUCUGCGUGUGAAGGGGCGCGAGCGCAUAUUCUUAGAGGACCCCACAAACCACCCUCGCUUUCUGUUCUGUACAUGUUGUCAGAUGGGGCAACACAUGAAGCUGUUCAUCUUUUGUGCCGCAUGCUAGUUUUUGAUCCAGCCAAGCGCAUCUCGGGCAGUGACGCUCUGUCUCAUCCGUACUUGGACGAGGGUCGUCUGCGGUACCACACCUGCAUGUGUAAGUGCUGUUACUCUGUGCCCAGCGGGAGGGUGUACACCCGAGACUUUGAGCCGCCUGCGGAGCGACCUUUCAGUCACAACUAUGAGCAGAGCAUGCACUCCGUCUGGCAGGGCAAAGAGCUCAUCCAUCGUUUUAUAACCGAGCACCAGCAAGGCAAACGAGUGCCUUUGUGCAUCAAUCCCCAGAGUGCAGCCUUCAAAACCUUCAUUAGAUCCACAGCCUGGCAUUCUUCAAAAGUGUCAAGGAAAGAAGAGAGAUGAGGGGGAUUCUGGGAAAUGUGGAUCAUAGGAGCAAGCAUGCGUUGGAGAUGAAAAUGGUUCUUAAUGGAUUCUCAGCACUCGUUCCAGUUCCACACCACUGAUGAAUAAUGCUUCUGAUGCUGCUGAGAACACUUUUAUAUCGACUCCACUCGAGGAUUACGGGAACUAGAAUUUCCCACAAAAAAAAAAAAGGAAAAUCUCAUGGAUUGUUGAAUUUUGACUAAAUGAGCCAACGUCAAAGUUGUGCAAUACAGAUAUCUGGAAUAAUGCAAAUUACAAGACCGCGCUGACCAUGAUUUCACUAAGGGAUGAGAUGACCGUGCCCAUGAGCCCAUAGCAUCGCCUGUGCAGCCAUCUUUACUCCGAGUGCAUCUCCAAACUCUGUCUAGACUUCUAUCACUGUGUUCUUUUUGCGGGUUCUUAGGUUUUAUUCUUAAACUUCUGAUAACCAAAAGAUCCAAAGUCAUCUUUCUUUAUUAAUGCUUCCUCAUUCAAUUUAAUGCUUUCUGUUCAAUUUUCUACUCAUUUUUUUUUAGGGGGGCUGGGGGUUAUUCUGCAGUUUCUUCUAUAGCCUCUCAACAUUAUGAAACAUCCUGUUCAAACGAUCCUUCAGCAGAUGCUUUAGAGUUGUAUCAGAACGCUGUAUAGAAGUGACAGUGUUUCGUGCCAACAGACGUACGUACGUUUAUCUGUGGGAUUUAUAUUUUGUUCCAUUCCCAGCUGAAGCAUCUUCCCAAAUGUCCCGCCCCCCUCCUAGGACCAAACAAGAUUGAUGUCAGUAUCCUGCUCUCUGAUUGGGCGAGGCUCUGUAGGCAGAGAAGAUAGAUUGAAUAUUAUUUAUUUUCUCUUUUUAAUUUAUUGUUGUCUUGUCCAACUGUGGUUGGCGGACCAGUUUCUUGGGUUUCAUAAUGGCAUGAGCGAGCCGUCUGGUCUGUUUUUGAAAAACUGUGCGUUUCGGAGAAUUUAGGGAAUGUGCAGUGUUGUGCUUUUUUCAAUAUGUCAUUACCUCAACUGGCCCUCAGUUUACAGGGCUGGUGUAUAUAGACUGAACCCAAUCGUUUAUCAAAAAAUGUACUGUAAUGUAGUCGAAUGACGUCAAGUGUGUGUGUGUGUGCGUGUGUGUGGAGCUUCUCCACUGGGCCGCAGUCGAUCCCUGAAUCCGUCUGCUUUUCCUUUUGCUUCAGAGCAGAUUGUUGGGACAGUGGCUUAUGGUUAAUUUUAGAUAGUUGUGGGGGAAAUGCUGCUGUUCGUGUAAUACCUCUAAAACCUCCCUGACUCAUUUGUAAAAGUAACACGUCUAGAGCUCAGGUUUCAUAUUCUACAAUAUGAACUAGACUGUAGACACUGUAGUAGACCGUAGAUCCAGGCAGUAGCUGGUGCUCUCUGGGAUUAUUGCAGAGAGCUGAAUACUCAAAAAUGCCCAGUACUGUAAAGGUUUGCGUCUUACCACCAGAUGGCAACAAAAGCACGGCACGUUUGGAUGCAUCAAGGCAGAUGUUGCUCAUCAGUAAAGUCUCUCAAUGCUUGUGUGUAUGGACUUCACUUGGAUUGGCAAUUGCAGUGAAUUAAGGGUUUAAUUUAGAAACUUUUUCUUUUUUUAUGUGUUAUUUAAUUUUAUUAUAGGAAAAUGCAUCCUCCCCCCACCCCCAUGUAUUGUGACCAAUUUUUUUUUUUUUUAGCUUUUGGAUGAAAUGUUUAGUUUAAGUAGAUGAUGUUUUUAUGACCACUUUUGCUAUUGUCUUGGUAGAGAAGCUUGCUAAAUAGUGAAGGAAUGAAGAUCGGUGGCUUGGUUUAGUCUUACUGACUGCCAAGCUGAAAGUAGACAUUUUACGUAAAUGGUGAAUUUCUUUCAGUCGUAAGAUAAUAGAUGUUAGACAUUUUUAAGAUGAAUCUCAAAACUUGAUAUUCGUGUCAAUGACUAUUAUUCUGAAAAAAUGAUUGAACAGUUGUUUUAAGAUGGUUAUUGCUUUCUUGUUAUCUGUUUUUGUUUUUAUUUUAAUUCUUUUUUUCUUUUUCUUUUUUGUCUUUGCAUUUUAAAAGAAAACAUGUUUUUGGAUUUGUGUUCCCAACAAAUACUUGAAGUUUUUAAGAAAGAAAAAAAAAAAGAGAGAUGUGGGUUUGGGUAAAAUAGACAUUAAAGAGACAGACACUGGAA